AUGCCGUCCUACAAGCAAGUCACAUAUUCACAGACUCGCGCCAUCUCAUCCAACCAGUCCCAAACUCACUCCGCCUACUUCUCCAGUGCGGAGAGCGCCGUCAGUCAGCGUCUCUUGCCCGCCACUGGCUAUCAAGCACGACCUGGCCAAAACAAUGGCAGACCCACACACGCCGCCACCAACACCGAGUCCACCGAGUCCUCCAAGCAGGCUACCAGCGGAGGUCCACGACAAUCUCUCUACGCAGGUCCUGAAGAUGACGACGACUUGCACGACUGGAAAAAGGAGAGUCGUUCCCAUGCCCUCUCUUCUCGUGGUAUCCUCAACACACUCACACUUCUCCUGCUAGUUGUCGGUCUUGUCACCCUCUUUGCCGGCUACCCCAUCAUCUCACAUUUCGAAAAGCUCUACGAUGCAUCCAACAAGGGAGGUUUCAACCUCGGUGGCACCAACGGCUCUGGUCAGGUUCCCGACCUGCCUCUUUUCACUCUCGUUGACCCCGAUACCCCUCCAUCUGCCCUCACACGCACCUCUGCUGCUGACGGUGCUUCUUACCAUCUCGUCUUUUCCGACGAGUUCCAAAAGGAGGGCCGUACCUUCUGGCCAGGCGAUGAUCCUUUCUGGGAGGCCGUCGAUCUCUACUAUGGCGCCACAGGCGAUUACGAGUACUAUUCGCCCGAAGCUGUCAACACCACUGGCGGUGCCCUCACCAUCACUAUGACGCAGAAGGUCACACACAAUCUCAACUUCCAGUCUGGAAUGGUUCAGUCUUGGAACAAGUUCUGCUUCCAAGGUGGAUACAUUGAGUUCUCGAUGAAGAUGCCUGGUUCGCCUAGCACUUCCGGCUACUGGCCAGGUCUCUGGCUCAUGGGUAAUCUCGCUCGUCCAGGCUAUGCAGGUUCCACGGACGGCAUGUGGCCCUAUUCCUACGCCAGCUGCGAUGCUGGUAUCCUUCGCAACCAGACUUGGAUCAAUGGCACUGGUCCCGAGGGUGCUAUUCGCUCCACAGGUACCUACUCGGUCGGUGGCCAGGUUUCAUUCCUCUCGGGCAUGCGAUCUCCCGCUUGCACUUGCCCGGGUGAAGACCACCCUGGUCCUGACGUCACUGUCGCUCGUUCCUCGCCAGAGCUCGAUAUUCUUGAGGCACAGAUCCAGAACCAUCAGGGCGUCUCGCACGGAUACGCUUCCCAGUCCUACCAGAUCGCUCCCUUCGAUCUGUCUUAUGAAUGGGUCAACACUUCGGCAGCCGUCAAGAUCUGGGAUGAUGAUGUUACUCAGGUCAACACGUACAAGGGCAAUGUGUACCAAGAGGCUGUCUCUUCACUCACGCAGAUUCCUGAUGUGGACUACGUCGACAGCUCCGAUCAGUAUGUCACUUAUGGUGUUGAAUACCACCCAGACUGGAACGAGGACGGUAGCGGCUCCAUCACAUGGUACGUAGGUGGCAAGCCUUCGUGGUUGGUCAACGGUAAAGCAAUGCUUGCCAACCCACCGAUGGACAUUGGUAUUCGAACUGUCUCAGUAGAGCCCAUGACCAUCAUCAUGAACUUGGGCAUGGCACCUACUUUCCAACGUGUCGAUUUUGGUACAGGAGGUGUCACUUUCCCUGCCACCAUGUCGGUCGAUUAUGUCAGGGUCUACCAGCUUGAUGGUCAGACCGAUAGGAUCUCGUGCGACCCUCCUGACCAUCCUACUGCCAAGUACAUUCAGGAUCACAUGGAUCUAUACACAAACCCUAACUACACGGUCUAUCCUCACAAGUGGCCUAAGAAUAAGUUGACUGGUUGUUGA